CCAGCCCAAACACACACACAUAUUGUCAGCAUCUCUGGGAAUGUGUGUGUGCGUGUGUCUGGGAUUGUGAUGGCCUGGAGGGGGCUUGCAUGGUGGAUCCCCCACUGAUCUCCCCAGAGACCUCCCAUCCUUCUACCUCCACCCCGGCCUCAGCAUGGCUGGUCUGGUGCUGAACGAGACAGGCAUGGAGGACUGUGGGAUAGAUGACAGCUUUAAGUAUGACCUGUACAGUGUGGUCUACAGCGUGGUGUUUGUCCUGGGGCUCUGCACCAACUGUGCUGCUCUCUUUGUGUUCUGCUUCCGGAUGAAGCUAUGCAACGAGACAACGCUGUUCAUGACUAACCUGGCGUUGUCAGACCUUGUGUUUGUGUUCACGCUGCCCUUCAAGGUCUACUACAACAUCAACCGACACUGGCCCUUCGGAGAUGAGCUCUGCAAGGUAUCAGGAACAGCCUUCAUCACCAAUAUCUAUGGCUCCAUGCUGUUCCUCACCUGCAUCAGUGUGGACCGCUUUCUGGCCAUCGUCUACCCCUUCCGCUCGCGCUCAGUCCGCACGCGGAAGAACGCGGGCCUGGUGUGUGCUGCGGUCUGGCUCACCAUCGUGGGUGGAGGGAUAUCGGUCACCUUCUUUUCCACGAUCAACCAGGCAAACCGCGCCACGGCCUGCUUCGAGGGAUUCUCCAAGAGCACCUGGAAGACAUACUUGUCCAAGAUCACUAUCUUUAUAGAGAUUGUAGGUUUUCUCCUCCCCCUCCUGACCAACCUGGUGUGUUCCUCUCUGGUGCUGAGAACCCUCCGUCGCCCAGGGACCAUCGGCCACGGCUGCAACAGCAAGCGCCGGGUCCUCCGUAUGAUCCUCGUCCACCUGGCCAUCUUCAUCGUCUGCUUUGUCCCCUACAACUCCAUCCUCUUCCUCUACGCCAUGGUGCGGACCCAGGCUCUGGCCAACUGUAACCUGGAGAGGUAUAACUAA